AUGGCGCCCGACACACUCUCCCUCGCAGGAAAGACUGCCUUGGUGACCGGCUCUGGACGAGAGACGGGCAUUGGUGCCGCCAUUGCCAGAGCCCUGGCUCGGAACGGCGCGUCAGUCGCAAUCCAUCAUGUCUCCGAGGCUUCCAAGGCGCGGGCUGAGAAGGUCGCGAAGGACAUCGAGGAGGAAUUUGGCACCAAGACCACCAUCGUCCAAGGAGGGGUGGAGAACUACGAAACGGCGAAGAGCAUGGUUGAGCAGGUCCUGAAAGCAUUCGGUGUCGAUCACAUCGAUAUCCUCGUCAACAACGCAGCGGCCGCACGCAACACAACUCUCAUGGAGGUCAAACAAGAUCAGCUGGAAUAUGAGUUCAGUGUCAACGUCUUUGGCGUGAUUUACAUGACACAAGCGGUCGUUGGCGUGGGUCGGAUGCCGAAGGGUGGCCGCAUCAUCAAUAUCGGCUCCAUCGCCUCGAAACUUCUGGUCCCUCCCGCAGUAUACAGCACGACGAAGGCGGCAAUGGAUGCCCUGACAACGCUAUGGGCGGGCGAGCUGGGCAAGAGCCAUGGAAUCACCGUCAACACAAUCGCCCCGGGCCCAGUUCCGACGGACAUGUCGAGAGACUACCUCGUGGCCCCUGAUGGGUCUCCCACCCCCAUGCAGCGCUCUAUGUAUGAGCAGACGCGGGCGGCGAAUCGCCUUGGGUCGGUGGAGGACCUGGCUGAUGCUACGCUUCUGCUCGUGUCGGAAAAGAGCAGAUGGAUCACGGCGCAGUUCAUCUCAGUGAGCGGCGGGAUCACCGGCACCAUGUAG